ACAAGUUUAUUGUGAAGAUGGCGACGACUGGGGUUGGUUUUCGGUGGUUAGAUAUAUUGGAAAAAGAAUUCGAUAAAGCAUGUGUUGGAUUAGAUACAUCAUUAGUGGAACUGGAAACGGAGGAGCCGGAGACAGUGUUUUCAGCACGACAGAAAAUAGCAACACUUAGCUCAUGUUUUGCCCAGCUCACACACAAAGCCUUAACAAUAUUCCAACAUAGUGCUAAACUUGAGGCAGAGCUUGUGGAUAUGAGGGCAGAGUUAGUGCAGACCCGGGCUGCCUCAGCUGGAGGUUGUCAAGAGAGCGGCGACAUGGCCGGCAACGUGCCGGAGGCGGCGCGCGCGCGGGCUGAGGCGGGCCAGCUCGCGCGCGAGAACGCAACCCUUAGAGAGACUGUGCUCGCCUUACAUUCUGAACUGUUUGGUGCUAGAUUAGCUACGAAAUACUUAGAUAAAGAGUUAGCUGGUCGGAUACAGCAGUUGCAGCUGCUGGGCAGCGACAUGCGUGCUGAGUUGCGGGACUCUCUUUGGGCGCAGGUGGAGGCGGAGAUCCUGCUGCAGCGGCACAAGACGCUGGUGCGCGUGUGCCGCGGCACGUCCCCGCGGCCGGCGCGGCCCGCGUCCCCGCAGCGCGCGCGCCCGCGCACCGUGCGCGUGCGCCGCUCGCCGCACCUCGGCCUCGGCAUCUCUGUCACCGGUGGUCGAGAGCACGGUGUACCGAUCCUUAUAUCGGAGCUAGAAGCGGGUGGCCCGGCAGCUCUCACGGGCCAGCUGUAUGUGGGAGAUGCUAUACUGGCUAUCAACGAUGUUGAUCUCACGCAGGCAUGCCAUAAAGAGGCUGUCCAAGCGCUACAGAGUGUGAAAGGUGACUGCGCGUUGUGCGUGCAGUAUAUCGCUACUGACGACGACGAUAGACUCUCUGAAGACAAUUACAGGUUUCCAUUGUAUCCCGAAGAUGGCGAGGAUUAUUGUGAGGAGCGAGACGGGUCGGGCGUGACUCCCACCGCGCCUAGAACACCGGAGUAUAAUAAUAGAUGCGACUCAGAGGACCGGUCGUGCAGUGAGAGCGAGUCCCGCUACGACGUAUACAAGCACUCCCCGCGGCCCGCCCUGCCCCCCGCAUACACCUACCCCCUACACUCCGCACACAAACACCCCGUGCUCAAUGCACACACACACCCCGCACCCUACCCGGAUUAUAAUAAUAUUAACAAUAAUCUCAAUAUACUGGACAUGGACGAUGAUUCGAUUAAGAUUGAAGCUCGGUUGGAGAUGGUGAAGCUAGACGAGCCAGAUGUGGACAAUAAACGCAAGUACGCGUCCCCCGUACGUGUUCCCGCGGCUCCAACCCCAAUUGUCCCAGCGCCACCAACACAAAGUAUCCCAGCGCCACCAACACAAAGUAUCCCAGCGGCACCAACACCAAAUGUCCCCAUUCCAAAUAUACCAGUACCUAGUAUCCCUGUCCCAACAGUCCCUGCAACAAUGGUGCCGGCGUCUCCAAGGCAGAACUCUUCGCCUCGCUCCACGCCGGUGCAUUUAGCAAGGACUACGCUAAAGAAGAAGCGGAAAGCUCAGGACUGGCGCACGAAAGGCGCGUACAGUGCGGUCUCCAUAGAUGGCAUAUCGUCUGACGAGCCAGCCGGCGGCACAGUGACUGGCCCCACGGCGCGGGGCGGGGCCGGUGAGGGUGUGACGGCGCGGGAUUGGCGCACGCGUGGCACGUACACGGCAUUGCAACACGCACCCUCGUCCGAUGAUGACUUGCUCGAUGUAGUGCGGAGCGAUGAAGUAAUCAAGAACGGAUCUGUAUUACCUAAAGUGCCAGCACCGGCUGAAAAGGAAACUAUUAUAUCAUUAACACCGACAACGACCAAUGUUGUCCCAGAAAAAGCUGCACCGCCAGCAAUAAACUCGAUGACGUCGACAUCAGCUCCAAUGCUGACGUCAGCUGCAACGUCGACGUCCGCCGCAACGAUGACGUCGGCGGCAACAACAGCGUCGGUGACCACGCCGACGUUGAUUGUGACGUCAUCAGCGGAUCUGUCGACGUCAGCGGUACAAACCACGACGAUCCGACGUCAAUCGGCUCUUGCGUCUCCGUUGAGCGUUGAUUGGAAAUCGAACAAGUUGAACGGUGAUACGAAGUCGAGGAAGGAGAUUAAAAACUUUAGGAUAGGGUCAGCCCGUCGUGUGGAAGCGUGCUCGCUGCUGAAUGGCGACGGAGACCCCGACUUCGGCACGCCGGUGUGAUUUCGCGCCACAAAUAAAAGAAUCUCUGUGUUUUCGCUUACAUCGCUCACUACAUUGGCGAGAUAGCUCCAACCAAUUAUUAUGCAGAAGUGAUCCCACCCACGCCCACAUUCCAAAUAAUCCUUAAAUUGCAGUAGAAACAAAAGUAGACACGAAAAUUGGCUUUGCUAACGGCUGCCAAUUUUUUACAAAGCGUUUUAUUAUUAAUAAGCGGGUUGGAUCACUUUUACAUAACAGUGGCAUUUGGUAUGACACGCUGUUUCGAUAAAUUAAGCUUCAGCCGCGAAUUGGCCGCUUCUUAUUGUAAAUGUUAUACCCUGGAUGCACUUUGCGGCUAAAAAUGAAAUUCGGAUUAAACGUGAUUGCAAAGUACAAUAUCACGAGUUUUAAAAUUGGAUUGAUUCGCAAAUACGCUUAUGACUAGUCUUGUUUGCAUAUUACAUAAUAUUCGAGACUAGUUCAUGUUGGAUAAAAAUACGCUGCAUUCGAAGUAUAUCUGAAUGCCAAAUCGGUUCAGACAUUUAUUCACGAUUUACACAGAAAGAAAGAUUGAGAAGCCUUGUUAAAUAUUUAAAAUUGGCUAAAAAACGCACAAUAUAAAAAUUCGUGUAUUUAGGUAUGUCAUUGUGCAUCUGGGGUUUUCAUUGUGUAUACACGUGACACUAAAGUACUUGUGUUUCAGUGUAAGAGAUCAUAAUGUCUAUUUUGUAGCAGCAUUUUAUUACAAUGCAUGCUACGCUUUUAAAACAUCCUUAAAUUAUUAGUUAUUUUUUUAUUUAACGGACUGAUCAUUGGUUUUAAAUGUAUACAAUAAGCAAAAAGACUUAUAGGGUAUAUUUUUUAUUAAUCGUCAUAUCCCUACUGUUGUAUUUAUACGCUAAUGAAAUUAAACGAAAUUCUAUGAUUAUUUUUUCGCUAAAUUCGUACGCGUAAGUUGGUGAGAUCGAAAAAAAACGUUACCCAUAAUAGAAAAUAUAUGCAAUUUUAGUAUGUAAAUCUAAAAUUAAUCGUAGUUGCUAGUUAAUGUUCGUGAAAUAUACUUUCAUUACCUAAAUGGUGCGCCCACACUGGCGUGUCGACAACCGAGUGAAGGCGAUCGGCGCGAGUCAUCAAGUACGUCACAUACGCGAUGCCAAUUAAUGUGAUAAUUACGCCUAAUGGCACCUCUGCUUUUUUUUCUCAAAAAAAAAAAUGCCACCGACCCGAUGGCAACUGUACAAAUUUUUAAUGAAAAUAUGCAAUUAUCUGUUUCGGAAUGUGAGAACACGUAUUUACGUAUGUGUGCGUGAAACUUUAAAUUGGAAAGCAUUUGCACAAAUAAGAAUAUUGGUAAAAUUCGGAUUGAAUUUCUGUAUCUAGUAAAUUAUUUUUUGCGCAGUUGCGUAAAACAUUGAUAAUACUUUGAUAUUUAUGAAAAGUUCAAGCAGCAACAGUGUCUACGGACUACGACCAGCAAAUAAUUACUUUGUUUAUCACAAUAAACAGCUGUUUGGAAAUUUGCCAACAUUUUAGAUUUUGACUACAUUACGGUGUCUCCGUGUGAUUUAAUUGUUACACUAAUGGAUUCCGAUCAUAGAAUAUAUUUUAAACAAUAGAAUAAUCUACACUGUUUCUUUUUUGCCUUUUAUUAUGAUUUGAUUACUUUAUGCUUGUUACAUUCAUAUGCAAAAGUGAUUUCGAAAAAUAUUUAUUGUGUUAUUUAUUUUUAUGCGAUUUAUUUUAUAAAAAUUAUUCUGUAUAUUAUAUACGUACGUUAAUUAAAUGUAUCCUUCAAAAGUGAUUAUUAUAUUUUAUAUUAUUAAUAUCAUAGUUGUAUCUUAUAUUUUAGAACUCGGUUGAAUCUAUAUGAAUGUGCUAUAUUUAAAUUGAUAUAUUAUGUAUUUCUAUAUAAUAUGUUGCCAUAUCAUAUAUAACCACAUUAGUUUUUUAAAUACAUACAUUGUUAAUGUAUGAACAAGUAAUGAUCUAAGCAAAUCUGGUACUUAUUAUGAGUAUGGGGGAUUUUUGAAAUUAUAAGUAGGUAUUUCGUUUAGUACUUACUGAAGAUUUCUAAGUACUGGUUGUCGUGCACUAGGCCUACAGCUUAAGAGAUAGGAUCAUAGUUAAUAAGACUGCAUAACAUUCCACGCGUUGCAGUAUCGUUUGCGAAAUAGUCUAGUUUUUAUUAACGGAACCAUCAUUUGCCUAUGUAUUAUAAUAAUGAUAUUAUAUUGAAUAAAUUUUUAUAAAAAGUC